CAUAUCCUGCUUCCGUGUUAAAGAUGGCGGUGCCCAAGAAAGAGCAUGUUAACCAACCGUGUGUUAUUCCAGGAGGAUUUACUGUGCUAGAUUUAAAAUUUAGCAAGAAUAGUCCAGCAGCACACCAGCUGUUCGGGAAAGAACACAAGGUCCGGUUAGAAAAAACGGCGAGCAGACCCUUGGACAGGACACUGUUUGUGCUCAACAUUCCACCUUACUGCACAGAGGAUGUCAUAAGUCGGCUUUUCUCCCAGUUUGGGCCAGUUCAGUCUGUAGAGUUGAAAGAUAAACCAGGCAACCCUGAACCCACAGAGCAAAAACUUUCAAAAUAUUUCACCCCGGCACAAAAACAGGGAUUUUCAGUGGGGUACAUAGUUUACUCAAAACCAUCAGGUGUAACAGCUGCCAAAGCCCACCCUCAAAAUGUGCCUUUAAUCGUCUCCUCUGAGAAUCAUCCAGUAAAAACAGGUCUACAGAAAUGGAUACAUCAAUACAGCCAGUCAUUUGUGCAGCCAGACACACUUCAACAGGCAGUUGAUUCCUUUAUGAAUGACUAUGACCGAAGGAAAGAGGAGGAAGCGGAGAGGAAGAAGGAGGAGGCACAACAGCAGGAGGAGGAUGAGGAGGGAUGGGUGAAAGUAACCAAAGGUGCGAAGGGCACCAAGGCCCGACCUCACAGUGAGGUAGCUGACAAGAGGGCGCUAGAAAAGGAGGGCAAGAAGACGAAACGGAAGGAGCUGAUAAACUUCUACAGUUGGCAGCACAGACAGUCCCAGAGAGACCAUAUUGCUGAGCUUCGAAAGAAGUUUGAAGAGGACAAGCAAAAGAUUGCUUUGCUGAGAGCCCAGAGAAAAUUCAGGCCAUACUGACUCUUGCAUUCUAUCUUAAUUGAUUUGAUUUUCAAGAUUUCAUUAUAUAUUUGGUAUAUUUUUUAAAGUUGUAUGGCAAACGCUUUUAUACUUUUCCCCCCUUUUUUUUUUUUUUUUGCUCUGUUUAUUCAAGAUUUGUUCAGACAAUGACACCAGUUGUCUUGGAUACUACUUGCACAGUCCUGCUUGUAUAGCAUAUCUUUAUCAUACAUUGAUAUGAAAAAUCUGUGAGAAUGCUAGUAUGUUCUGGAAUCUGCUCAUCUGUGUAUACAAUUGUACAUUAUUAACAUGGGUUAUUACUUUCAAUACAGCUGACAGCAUGAAGCUAUCUGUGACUUCUUUAUUUGAUUAUGCUCUGUGAGUUGCUGUUGUUGAAUCGUAGGUGCUUGUUCACAGAUGCUUACUAUCUCGCCUGGCUCUGUAGCUUUGGUCUUCAUCUACUGCAGUCCUUUGUCAAAGCCAAAAAUGGUAUAGAUUGUACACAGAACAGAACGGUACACAACAGAAGAACAAUAUUGACAGUUUGAAUCUCUGGGAGAUAUGAAGGAAGUUUCCGAAAGAGGUUCAUAGCAGGGGAUCACAAUCUUACCAGUCUCCCCAUCGACAAAAACGUAAUGGCUACUGGUGUUAGUUUGGGUCACAUUCAGGUGUUAACAGUAACUAGGUAAAUUUACUUGAAUAUCUGUACUUCCGAGUAUAUACUUUACUCGAGUAUAGAUAUUUUGGUCAUUUUCAAUACAUUUUCUCUACAUUUGAAAAAAAAUAUAGGGUCACUCUUCACAAUGGGUGCCUUUUGCAACAUGCAACAAAGCCUGAAUCGAAUAAUUCAAGGUUUGUUGUUAAGAUGAUGUAUGCUUAAAUUUGAAAAAAAAAAAAAAACUUAUGCA